GCACCAAGAACACUAAAACAUCUACUGAGAGCUAAUCAUAUGAACUAUUCGAUCAUAUAUAAUAAUCUUCGGUUUCACAAUCACCUCCCUCACGUACGUCCUCCCAGCCGGCAUUCACUCAUGUGGUUCAGCACUGCAGCCCAAUACUAAUCGUCUGAUAGCUCCUGUGCUCAUCAUAUAUAUUUGGGGCCACGCGCGAGCAAUUACAACUGAUCUACGAGUCCGAAUCCGAGCAUCUUGAGCCAUGGGAAGAUUCUCCAGGGGAGAUCACCAAGCAGGAUUGGCGGAGGUAUCUGGGAAAACGAGAGUUCGUUCCACCAUCCGUGUCUAGUAAAUAAGCCCGAUCGACUGACGACAUCCAGAUAUCAACGCGCUUUCAUUGAUUUCUUUGAAGACCGCAUGGUCGAAUACCAUUACGACUGGCGCCACCUCGUCCAGGAAAUACUGUUCUCCGGGCCCAAUCCGCUGAUCCACGCCGCCGUCUCCGGCCUCGGCCACCCGCUCAUUCACUUGGGCUAUGCCAUGGAGUUCGACAAUCGCGAGGUUGCCAUCGAGGCGCUGUCACUGAUCGCAUGCUUCUACUCGGACAUCCAUAAAUAUCUAGACGACCCGCAAUGGACGCGACCCGACCGGCGACCCCCGUGGACGAGCACGAGCCUAUUCGAGAUCCUCGAUCGGGUGCGCUCGGACCGCCGAUUCGAUGACUUGUUCGACCAACCCGGAGCCGACAACGUCACCCGGCUCUUCCGUGAGAAGGAGCCCGAGCUGAUGGAAUGGUGGAACGCGUGGGAUCUGUCGCCGGAAGGGUCGCCAGACGUCAGCGCCCGGUUCGAGGAGUCGCAGCGACUGGCCACGGCGCUGCUCGUCGGGAGCGUGGACGCGGAGAAAGGGCGCGGGUAUGACUUCUUCUUGGUACAUACGCUUACCACCUCGCACGCGGUACGCAUCCUGCUACCUCUGAUCCCGCCGGAAUUCCAACUGUCGCUGGUGAAAGAAUGGUGGCUAUUUAUCCUGGCCGUGUUCAUCGCGCAGCUCCGUCCCGCCAUCGACACGAAUCGGAUCAAGCGGUUCGACCUAGGGAACCAGAGCUGGACGAAUGUCGUCGUCCCUCGGGCGCUCCAGGGCGAGUUCCGGACCGACCCUCAUUUCGUGAAAGGCUGCCGCGCGAUGAAAGAAGCGGCGGCGACGUGGGGGGACGAGGAUCGAUAUUUCGAGAAGGCGGCGGUGUUGUUCGCCACGGAGUUUACAGGGUGGGGUGGGUUCACAGCGACGGGGUCGCGGCACGCGGAGGAGAUUCCGGAUAUAUAGCUUGAAUGUACUACGUACUCAACAAAACUAGUAGUGCGUAUCAAUCUUCGCUCUGACAAGUGCAGUAGCACUGGUGUGGCGUGUGGAUGUGAUGAAGUUCCGACCCUCCGAUGUUGUAAAAGUCGGCCCGAACUGUGGCAAAGGUAAUGACGUCACCGACACCGACCUCGUUCCAGUCCAUUUGUGUGUACACUCUGCAACUACACAUCCAGUGUUAACCAUGACUUGGACUAAAUACACUUUACCGUGCGCAGGGUGGGAUAGAAAGCGAUGGAUUUCCGAUUCAUGCCACAUCCCUCCAAA